AUGUCUACCGAUCCAAAGAUCCAAGACCUGCUCAACAAGCCUAAGAGCGAGCUCACUGAAUAUGAAGUUUCUCUCGUCGAGGAACACGAGCUCACCUCCGGACCGCUCUCUCUUCUCCAGACCGCGACGCGCACACACACCCAGGUGCUGAUCUCGUGCCGAAACAACCGCAAGCUCCUCGCUCGAGUCAAGGCCUUCGACCGCCACUGCAACAUGGUACUAGAGAACGUGAAGGAGAUGUGGACGGAGAAGCCCAAGGGCGGAAAGGGCAAGGGCGUGAACAAGGACCGCUUCAUCAGUAAGAUGUUCUUGCGUGGCGAUUCGGUCAUCCUGGUCCUGCUCAGCUGA